UUCAUUUGGCAUUCACUUCAUCGGAUUUGUUCUUUGCACCAUAACACUAAGAGGCAAAGAAACAAGACAGAAGAGCCAUUAAAGGGUCCAAAGACAUGGCCAAAAUGUGUGUAGCCAUAGCGGCGGUACUGGCUGUGACGGCCCUGCUCCAAACCUCGGCUGCGCAGACCGUGCACGUCGUUGGGGAUAGCCUCGGGUGGUUGGUCCCACCCGGAGGUCCGAUAGCCUACGAGACGUGGGCUGACUUGCAGACCUUCGUGGUCGGUGACGUUCUCGUGUUUAACUUCACAACCGGCGAGCAAGAUGUGGCCAGGGUCACCAAGGAGGCAUUCAACUCGUGCAAUUCCACAAACCCAAUCUUCCUAGAGACAACCGGCCCGUUCAACUACACUUUGGAUGCUGCCGGUGAGUACUACUUCAUCGGCACCAUGGACAGGCACUGCUACUUGGGACAGAAGCUGGCCAUCAACGUCUCCGCCUCUGCCGGCCCGACCCCUUCACCGCAGGCUCCGACCCCAACACCACCCCGGGGCCCUGUGACAUACAUCGUCGGUGACGCCUUGGGUUGGCUGGUUCCUCCUGGCGGAUCGAUCGCUUACAAAACUUGGGCAUAUGGAAAGACCUUCUUGGUCGGAGAUGUCCUAGUUUUCAACUUCGCCAAUGGAACCCAGGACGUCGCGGUGGUGACAGAAGAGGCCUAUGACUCGUGCAACACCACCACCACCAUCGCGGUCUAUGCGACGAGCCCGGUCAAAUACACCCUCGCCGCCGUGGGCGAAUACUUCUUCACAAGCACCUACUCUCGCCACUGCAACUUGGGUCAAAAGCUAGCCAUCAACGUCACCGCCUCUAGCUCCGCCACUCCGCCUUCCACCACCACAACCCCGACCCCGUCCAGCAACCCCUCUUCCUCCGUGACAUCUCCAGUGGCCGGCGGCCCCUCUGCGCCGCCACCCCAGAGCUCCGCUCCAGCUAGGGCCGUCCUCGGCUUCUCAUCCACGUUGUUGCUCAUUGCCUUGGCUGUUGUUCAUUAAAAUUUUUUCUAGAAUCUAGUAAAUACAAUAUUGGUCUAUACGAAAUUCAAUAGAUAAACCACACACAUGUCAAUUUGUCUCGGCCAGCUUUGUUUCACGUGUUUGUUUAUUACUUUUCACAAAAUAAGGGGUUCCACAGAUUUUUAAGGCCUUUAUGUACCUUGAUUUAUUGUGAGUCCAUCCAGGAAAAUAAAGGUAGAUCGAUGUAUUAAUUUCAUGUGAAUAAUUGGAGAUUACACUAUAUGGCUGUGUAGUGAA